AUGAGCAACGCAGCCAAGCCACAGAAACGCACCACCUACCUCAUCUCCCUCACACUGGUGAAGGUUGAGGCUUUGCCUGAAGAUGCAGAGGUGUCCCCGGUACAGAAGACACCUCUCCAAGAGAGAGAAGAGGGUCCUGGGAAGGAGGAGAAGGUGAUUAGGGCCAUUAAAAAAGAGGAAGGACCUGCCUAUGCUGACGUGGUAGAAGAACAUGGCGAGUCGGAGGAAGUGGAAGCGGUGCAGGUCAAGUACAGCAGUCCUUUCCAGAACAGGGCAAAGCCUGAGCGGAGAGACACUCGUGGAUGGGUGAAGGAGAGCACCUUUGUGGGUAAAAGCAAAGAGUCUCCUGUGCUACAGCCACCUGUUAGAGACUUGGUAAAACUGCAUGGAGGUGUUUCAUUGGAUGGAGGGAUACGAGGAAAGGGACCCCGCUCGGACAGCUUGCGCCCUAAGACCGAGCUGUAUAGGGAGCCACCCAAGCUGUUUUUGAAGGGCGAGGAUGUAGGGGACUUCAGCAGCAGCCGCUCACGCUGCAGCCUCCCCAUCUCCGUCCCCCAGCAGGCCAGCCAGCGGCCCGAAGUCCUGAGGUCACAUGCCAGGGGUGACCCUGCAUGUUGGUGGGAAAUGAGGGAGAUGGGUCAGAGUAAACUCGGCACCACCAAGACCUUGGACUGCAGGGAGACCCAGCUGGAGGACCAGUCCCCUGUGAUGGCGGCCACGACUUUAGGGCCCUACAGAGCGUCCUGGGCAGACAGCGAUGGCAGGGGAACACUCAUUCGCCCUGGGGCUCCCAUCGGUAGGGGCUAUACAGGAAUGAUGCCAAGGGAUGGUCCCGGAGGGGAGAGGCUUACCAUGGUUUCCGUCUCCCUGCCCACGCCGCCCUUCCCACAGGUGUCCAAGCCGCAACGUAAAGGCAAGAGCCGCACCCUGGACAACAGUGACCUGCACUUACUUUCUGAGGACCUGAAGAAAGGGAGAGAAGUAACAGUCCAGCGGGCUCCUGCUCGUGACCGUAAGAUGCUCAAGUUCAUCAGCGGAAUUUUUACCAAGAGCACCGCCGGACUACCCAACGCCAACGCCGUGUCCACUCUGUAUACAUCUGUGGAGCAUGAAUGUAACAAGGAGGAAGCAGCAUGUGUCAGUAGUCCAGAGUGGACCUUCAGUCAGACUGUACAAGAGCUUCACCUGGGUGUCCUGGGAGGUCUUUGCAGUGGGAAGUCUGCUCUGGUUCAUAGACACAUAACAGGAAGUUAUUUGCCCCAAGAGAAUCCUGAGGGACGACAGUUUAUAAAGGAGGUGUUAGUGGAUGGACAGAGCCACCUGCUAGUCAUCAGAGAGGAAGUUGGACUCCCGGAUGCUGAGUUUGCAAACUGGGUGGAUGCAGUCGUCCUGGUUUUCAGUUUGGAGAACGAAGUCAGCUUCCAGGAAGUCUACAGACACUAUCACCAGCUGAGUAUUCACCGCCCCAUUACUGAAAUACCUUUCAUCGUGGUGGGCACUCAAGAUAAGAUCAACAGCAGCAACCCUCGGGUGAUAGACGACGCCAGGGCCAGACAGCUUUGCUCAGAUGUGCAGCGCUGCACUUACUAUGAAACCUGUGCUACCUACGGCCUCAACGUGAACCGAGUCUUCAAUGACGCCGCACAGAAAAUAAUGGCAGCCAAAAAGCAGGCGGCUCUCCUGGCUUCCUGUAAAUCCCUGCCUAACUCUCCCAGUCACUCUGGAGGCUCCACCCCCGUGUCAGGAGUCUUCACCGGACAGGCCAGUAAUGGAGGUCAGAGUAGCGACUAUUCCUCCUCUCUGCCCUCCACCCCUGUGAUCACUCAUAAGGAGAUCUCCAGAAUGACCAAAGGGGAGAGACAAGAUGGUGCCACCCCUGGCUCUGUCCGCGGCUCUUCACGGAGACGGACCACCCGCUUUGCAAGCCGCAGAGGUAGUGAUUCAAACAGAAGGAGCGCAGAUGCUAAGGGGGAUAUGGGCAGCGGACGUGCCAUCCCCAUAAAACAGAGUAUCUUACUGAAGCGCAGCGGGAACUCGAUCAACAAAGAGUGGAAGAAGAAAUAUGUCACACUGUCCAGUGAUGGCAUGCUGUCCUAUCAUUCCAGUGUAAAUGACUACAUGCAGAAUGCCCCCAGGAAGGAGAUAGACCUGGUCCGGGUAACUGUGAAGGUGCCAGGGAAGCGGCCACCACGUGCUGUACCUGCCUGUGGUCCUCCAGUUGGGCUCAAUGGUAGGGUCAAAGAUCUACAGGUACCUAAGGGGGGAAGGCCUGUCCCCGUGAGCGCCGGCCUCCUGCAGGUGGAGAAAAUGGAAGGACUCGGUGGUGCACUGUUCUUAAGGGGAACUAAAACAGUUCAGCGGUGUCAUUCCACAAUCAGUACCAAUCCCCCAAGCAUCGACUCUGCAGUUGAGGGCGUGUCCAGCUCUUCCUCAACUAAAGACGUAGGUCCUUCUUCUCCGACAACUGAUAGGAAAAAACACAGAAGGAAGAAGAGCAUGAACCAGAAAUGGGAUGCAACCAUCGGUCAAGCAGAUGCCAAGCGCAGAAUGUGGAAACUGAAAAGCUUUGGUAGCUUGAGGAACAUAAACAAGACAGAUGAGGAUAACUUUGACUUCCUGAUAGUGUCGAGCACGGGACAGACGUGGCACUUUGAAGCCCAGAGUGUGGAGGAGAGGGACUCCUGGGUUCAGGCCAUCGAGAGUCAGAUUCUGGCCAGCCUGCAGCUUUGUGAGAGCAGCAAAAACAAGGCUCGGAAGAACAGCCAAAGUGAAGCAGUGGCUCUGCAGGCCAUCCGUAACGCAAAGGGCAACAACAGCUGCGUUGACUGUGAUGCUCCAAAUCCUACAUGGGCCAGCCUGAACCUCGGAGCCCUCAUAUGCAUUGAGUGCUCUGGGAUCCACAGGAACUUGGGCACCCACCUGUCACGUGUUCGUUCCCUUGACUUGGAUGACCUUCCACGAGAGCUCACGUUGGUUCUCAGUGCCAUUGGCAACCACAUGGUCAACAGUAUCUGGGAGGGGCGCACACUAGGUCACCAUAAACCAACACCUGAUGCCACACGAGAGGAACGAGAGUCAUGGAUCCGAGCUAAAUAUGUGCAGAAGUUGUUUGUGGCCCAGCUGCCUCCUCUUUCACCGAGCGAAAGGUCGGACAUUACACUAUCUGGCCAUUUGCUCUUGGCUGUGAUGGAGCGAAAUCUGCCGAAACUGCUCCUCCUCCUGGCCCACUGCACCAAGGAGGAUAUCAAUACUCCGCCAGCCAACCUGGCCUUCACCGCCACAUCCCCCAUGUCAGCCAGACUCCCAGGCACGGCCCUGCACGCUGCUUGUAUGCUGGCCGACGUGGUUAUGACACAGCUUCUUGUUUGGUACGGUUGUGAUGUUCGGCAUCGUGAUGCGCUGGGACAGACGGCCCUGGCGGCGGCCCGCAGCGCCGGCAGCCAGGAGUGUGUUGACAUUAUGCUCCAAUAUGGAUGCCCAAAUGAACCAGCCCCCUUCCUCGCCAAAACACCCAGCUUCUCGGUAACUGCGACACCCAGCCUCUCAGUUGCCAUGACACCGGGCCCAUCAGUUUCUACCACCCUCAAGAUCUCGCACAAGAGUAGUGCCUCCGGCUCCAGUCACAGUAGCUGCACUAGAAGGGCAGUGUCAUAA